AUGUCUUUACAAAGAGCGGUUGCUCCUCUGACAUCAUCAGCGCCCAUCAUUUUCAGAUUUGCCUCAUCACAACCAUCGGCCCCUCUACGACAAUGUUCACACAUCAUUCGUCAAUUCUCUUCUUCCCGAGUCGCAGGCGCUGAGGCAAAACGCAAGAUGCAAACCAGUACCUGGCAAACAUAUACUCUCUCCACCCCUCCGCCACCACCACCAGCCCGCGAAGCCGCUCUUCCGGAAACGUCCAUCACCGGAGGCAUUCCACAAGUUCACGACACUCGCCCACCUUCGAUUGGUGUCACCGAAGCGGAAGCCCAAAAGUCAAAGCCUGUAAAGAAGAGGCGACAGUUCAACUUUGUUCCUCUUAAGAAAACCAUCACCCUUACCCCACGAGCCGUCGAAGUUUUGCGCGAUUUGAGCAAUCAACCUGAAGCGAAACUCAUCAAGAUCAGUGUCGCAGCCCGUGGAUGUAGUGGUUCGGCUUAUGACUUGAAAUAUGUUGAGAAAGGUGCCCUCAGCGAUAUUGUUCAUGAGCAGGAUGGUGUCAAAGUUCUCAUUGAUCCAACCGCACAGCUCAAGAUUAUUGGUAGCACAAUGGAUUGGGUCGAGGAUAGACUAAGCGCAAAGUUCGUUUUCGACAAUCCAAAUAUCGACAAAUCCUGUGGAUGCGGUGAAUCAUUCAUGACAAAAGACGAAUCAGCAGCACGAGAAGCAGAAAAGAGAGCUUCCAAGGGUUUAUAA